AUGCUUCCCAAGCUUGCAACUUUAGUGCUUGCGCCCGCAUUGGCGAAUGGCGUUGCUGUCGCGGCCGAGCCCUUGUAUAAGAAGCCCGUCAACAUCCCCGGUUACGGCUACGUGCAGGGAAAGGCUGCUGUCAACUCCAGCGUGUCCGAGUACAUUUCCAACUGGGAGAACAUCUCUUUCUUUGGAGGUAUUCCUUUCGGCGCUGAUACUUCGGGCGUAAACCGUUGGCGUGAUCCCCAGCCUGCUGAGCCCUGGAACGGCACUCUCAAUGCAACUGAAUUCGGCGCCAUCUGCCCUAUCACUCUCUCUAUCCUGGCGGAUUACGCCCAGAGCGAAGAUUGCCUCAACCUCAACAUCUGGACCCCUGCUACCUCGCCUGACGAGAAGCUUCCUGUGGCCAUCUGGAGCUAUGGCGCCGGAACGGCACCCCCGCAAACCACCUACAACGGUGCAGGUGUGGCUGACAAGGGGAUCAUCUUCGUCUCCUACAACUACCGCAACGGUGUGUUUGGCUUCAUGGCGCACCCGGAGCUGACUGAGACCAACGGCCGCAACGCCUCAGGCAACUGGGGUGUCCUUGACCAGUAUGCAGCGGUCAAAUGGGUCCACGAGAACAUUGCGGCCUUCGGUGGUGACCCGGAUCAUAUUUCCGUGAUCGGCCAGUCGUUCGGCGCUGCGGCCACCUACCACAUUGUGAACAGCGAGUUGACUGCUGAUCUGGGUAUCGUCAACGCUAUCUCUGAGUCUGGUGUUCACUCUCCCAAUGACCCCAACACUGGUGUCUUCGAGUGCGCCUACACUACCUUGGAUGAUGCCGAGACCAUGGGUGAGGAAAUUAUUUCCUCCCUUAACGUCAGCUCCAUUGCCGAAGCCCGCUCCAUUGACACUACCACCCUGCUCGACUCGACCAGCACCUACAGUCUGGAGGUGAAGCCUGUUCUCGACUACUACGCCAUCCCGUCCAAGUACAUCAACACUCUUGAGAAGGGUGCCGGCAACAAGGUCCCCUACAUUACCGGAAACAACGCCAACGAGGAUGGAGCCUCCGCCACAGUCAGCACCACCGCUGGUGAACAGGAGGACCAGAUCGUCCGUGACAUGUUCCGCGUCAGUAGCUGGCAGUACAUGAACGGCUUCUCCAACUCUGCCGACCAGGUUGACACCUACACCUACUACUGGAACUACGGUAGCGCUGCCCAUGCCUCUGAGAUUGUCUACGUCUUGAACAACCUGUGGGCCCAGGGUGAGGACUACUCCGAGGAGGACUACUACGUGGCCAAUGUCAUGAGCAGCUACUGGGCCAACUUCAUGAAGACCGGUAACCCCAACACCGGCGGUUCCUACAACAAUGGAACCCUCCCUGCCAAGUGGAAUGCCAACUCUCCGUCUAAGAACGAGACUUUCUUGGUCGGUGCUGUGUACGAGACCAUGGAUACUGCUGCGACUGAGCGUGUCCAGUUGAUCCUGGAUUACUUUGCCGCCCAGACUCCUUACUAG